AAAACAGCUAGCACACAAAUCUCGAAACAGAGCAAUGGCAGCAGCAGCCGUUACAGUAGUACUCGCUGUAUUAGUCGUCAUCAUCACCAUGUCGCCGGCGCCGGUCGCCGCCGAAAGGGGAAAUCAUACAUGCGCCUGCGCUGGUUACGAUAGCAGCUGCGGGGAUUGUGCGGCAGGACGGUGUUGUAGCCCGUGGGGCUACUGUGGAGACUCUUUCGGUUACUGUAAGCCGUGUUACUGUGACGGUGGUUACCUUUGUAAUCCUUGUUAUUGCCUGGGCAAUUGCCCUCGGCCGUCUGUUGAGAGCAUUAAAGAAACUUAUGCCAGUAGUAAUGAAACCCUAGUAGCCACCUACGACCCCAACCUCAACAACUUUCGCGUUGCUACUUCAUCAUCAUCGUCUUCAUCGGUUGGUUCGGCCACAAUAUGCACUGGACCGUCUUCAUCGACUACGGUCUCAACCAACAUUGUUCCCGGCGAAUGUAUACAGGUGACCAAUCCUAAUAAUGGAAAACAAGCGAUGGUGAGAAUCAUAAACAGUAAAUAUUGCAGCAAGACAAGUUUGGCACUGGACUACAAUGCCUUUCAACAGCUAGAGGAUGAUGAUGCAGCAGCCCGCCUUCCCGUUCAAGUUAGCUACAAAUAUACGCACUGUGCUGACAAUUAGCAAGAGCAUGAUAUAAAGUAGUGUUGUAUCGGUUUGUGAAGCAUGAUACAUAAAUGAUAUAUCAACCUACCUAGCUACCUUGCUAGCUAGUUAUAGUCUACAAUAUCAUAAUAUCCUAUCAGUCAUAUAAUAAGUUUAUAAGCAUACCAUAUGAAAUCAUCCUUUUAGACAUAAUAAUAAUAAUAAUAAUAAUAAUAAUAAUAAUGUUACAAGCUUAAUUUACUACAUUUUUGGGGGAAAUUUAAAUUCUCUAAUGUUUAAAUCAAGAUAUAGAAUCUAUGCUAAACGUAGAGAUUUUAUAUCUUGGCCUACACAUUAUUCUUUUUAUUUACAUAAAAGACAAUUUUCAAACGAUACAUUUGUGAGACUCCAUUUAAACAAUUAUAAGAAUAAAUUUUGUUAGAUAGAUUUAAAUCACAAAAUUCAAACUUCAAUUCUCCAAACCAACCCUCAAGAUGCCUAUUAUCUGUUUUCAGAACCGAAUUGGACGCUGAACCGGAAAAUUUAGUGGUUUAGGGUUUAGUGGUUAAGCGACAAAACCGUUGAUAAAACCGUUCAUGAUAUAUAACAUACAAGGCUUGUAUAGUACACUAAUUUAAGAAUGAAGUUAUCAUUAACCAUAAAAAAAUUAAAUUCAUAUCAUCACUAAAAUAUCAUAACAAGUCAUUCAAAUCGUCUCAUAAAAGAAAUCCUAAUUUUUUUUAAUUCAAGUUAAAAAUUAGAGCUAAUACCACUACAACACCCGAACUAUCGAAGAAAUGCCACUUGUGUCCUAUUGUUUUCAAUAUUCCAUUUCUAUCAUGAACUAUGAUACUUUGUGCCAUUUGUAUCCUCACGAUUUCGUUGACCGUUAUCUCUAACGGUUGACCUGACGGUGGUCAAAGAGAUGUUUACUUUGGCUGACAUGGAAGGAAACGUGGCAUCCACGUAGAUGCCACAUCAUACCACAUAUAUUUUUAAUUCAAAAUCAAAUUAAAAUGAAAAAUAAUUAAAGAUAAAAAAUACUUUCUACCCACCGUCGACUUCAACCCGCUCCGCACCCUACCCCGCCCUCAAUUCUAACCAUCGUCGUCGCUGCCUUCAAAUCCCUUCCGCAAAUUAGCAUCUAUGGCAACGAUAUCUCGCCGCCGCCUUCCCCCAUGACAAGCUGCUCUUCCAGCGACCUCGCUUCCUCAACCCUCUCCAUCUAGAAGACGACGAAGCUCCAAUUCUCAUACAACCAGUGGAAUAACUUCUGCGGCCGAAAGAUGGGAGAGGAGAGAGGGACGAUGGUGGAUAGGGACGCAAAUGACGACUAGGGAUCACGAAAAACGACCGGCGAUGCCAUGAGACUCUUCUCUAUCUCCAGUCCAUUCUAAACACCGACGAUGCAACCUUCUUCCCGUGCUAGAUUUGAUUCCCCUCCAAAUUGCUCGAUCUCGUCGACCCGACCCUCCAAAUUGCCCUAGCCCGCCGACCCAACGUUGGGGCAAGCUCAAGUUAUCAAUCAAUGGGUGAAGGGCGGAAGAGAGACGAAUUUGGAUGGGGGAAGCUAGGGCCAUGGCUGGUCGAUUUAGGGCUCCUCUGAAAUUGACUAUGGAAGUUUCGAUUCAGAGCAGUGGUGGAGGCAGAGGUUUUUUGUCGAAUGAGGCAGGGGUUUUUGUCGAAUGAGAGGGGUGAUUGGAGCAACUGGUUGCGAGGAGAGCGGAGUACUAGGAGAUUGUGGCGACUUUGCGGAGUCGGCGAGUUGGGAGGCGGAGAGGCGGAGGUGAGCAGGGAGGGAGAGAUAAUGUGGGAGGAGGGUAAGGUCGGAAGUGGCCCAUAAUUUUCCUUUUUUUAUUUUAAAAUAUUAAUUUAAAAUUCCUUGUCAUCUGCCACAUCAGCGCUAACUAUAAUUUUUGUUAAAAUUAACGGUCAACGCCGGUCAACUCUAAUGGAAAAAAUAGUUCAGGACAUAAAUGGAAUAUUUAAAA